AGCAGCAGCAGCCCCAUACGCCGCUACACACACAACCAGCCACCCAUCUCUCAAGCACCUUCAUGGCCGCUCAAAGUUUAGCCGUCAAACGUGGUCCGUGUACGUAAACGGAGGAUUGUACUCUCUCUCUCUCUCUCCUCGUUCUCUCUCUCUCUCGGUGGGAUUUUGGCGAGCCGAUGAAGAAUAUCGUGAACGGGGCUUAUAACACACGAGUGGGCGGUUUCAUUCGAUAUUUUUCGUUCAGUUAUAGGGAGGGGUGUGGGUUGGGGAAGGACGGGUGAACGGGGGGGUUUAUUUUUUGACAUUUGGGUGACGAUAAUUUUUGUUGUUGGGGCAGGGUCGGGGGGGGGGGAGUUGAGAUUGGAUGCUGCAGACAGCCAGGAGUCGUCUUGGGUGGAAGUCAUUUUCCGUAUUUUCGCGAUUGUGACAAACCAAGCGGCCUCCUAAUUGGAUGAUUUAGGGCUGUUAUCGGCGACACUCCUCGUCAUCAUCAGCAGCAAGACGAUCAUCACCAUCACUACCAUCAUCACCAUCACUACCAUCACCAUCACUACCAUCACCAUCACUACCAUCAUCAGCAGCAGCAGCAAUAACAUCGUCCGCAGUAGAACGAAAGGGAGCGCAAUUCAGGCGAGCCGAUUGUUGUUAGUGGCCGGCAGCCACAAUGGGGGCUUGCUACAGCCUACGCGCUCGGCUCCUCGGCCCAGAUGUUCCACUCGCCUACGAGACAACGCAGCAGCAACAACAACAGCAACAACAACAGCAACAACAACAACAGCAGCAACAACAACAGCAACAACAACAGCAACAGAACCAACGGGGAGACGUAGAACGAGACCAGCAGCAGCAGCAGCGAGAGGCGGACCGCGAGAGGGAGGUGAGGAUGCAGUGGAAGCGUGAGGACGAGAAGGCGCGGCGCAAGACGAACAAGAAGCGAAGCAACAUCAUCGACAAGAAGCUCAAGGCGGAGAAGAGGGAGUACAAGCAGAGGCACCGCCUGCUCCUGCUCGGGGCUGGAGAAUCUGGAAAAAGCACCAUCGUCAAACAGAUGCGCAUCUUGCACGUGAACGGAUUCAACGCCGACGAAAAGAAACAAAAAAUUCAAGAUAUCAAGCGGAACAUCAGGGAUGCUAUUGUGGCCAUCACGAGCGCCAUGAGCACCCUGGUACCACCCGUGGCGCUCGCGAACCCCGAGAAUCAGAUGCGCGUCGACUACAUCCAGAAGGUCGCGUCGCAGCCGGACUUUGAGCUCACGCAGGAAUUUUUCGACCACGUGAAGGCCCUCUGGCAGGACGAGGGCGUGCGGAUGUGUUACGAGCGAUCCAACGAGUACCAGCUCAUCGACUGCGCCCAGUAUUUCCUUGACAGAAUUGACACGGUGCGGCAGAACGACUACACGCCCACCGACCAGGACCUGCUGCGAUGCCGAGUUCUGACUUCGGGGAUCUUUGAAACCAAGUUUCAGGUGGACAAGGUCAACUUCCACAUGUUUGAUGUGGGAGGUCAACGGGACGAGAGGAGAAAGUGGAUCCAGUGUUUCAACGACGUUACAGCGAUCAUAUUCGUAGUCGCGUGCAGCAGCUACAACAUGGUUCUGCGCGAAGACAACACCACGAACCGCCUCAAGGAAGCCAUCAACCUGUUCAAGAGUAUUUGGAACAACAGGUGGCUCCGAACCAUCUCGAUCAUCCUCUUCCUCAACAAGCAGGACCUCCUGGCGGAGAAGGUGCUGGCGGGAAAGUCGCGAAUCGAGAAGUACUUUCCAGAGUUUGCGCGGUACACCACGCCAGCCGAAGUGAGCCCUGAAUUGGGCGAAGAUCCGCAAGUGACGCGAGCGAAGUAUUUCAUCCGGGACGAGUUCCUGCGCAUCAGCACGGCAAGCGAUGACGGCCGCCACUACUGCUACCCGCACUUCACGUGCGCCGUCGACACGGAGAACAUCGGGCGCGUCUUCAAGGACUGCCGCGACAUCAUCCAGCGCAUGCACCUGCGCCAGUACGAGCUGCUCUGAUUGGUCGAACGAACCGAACGGGGAUCCUACGCGCAAAAAGAAAAUGUUUUCGAAUGGCGGCGGCGGCAACGGUAAACGACGACAAAAAAAAAAUUAAAAGUUACAAAAAAAAUUGACGGCUGUAAACAAUCGCCGAGAACGAAUUGGAAGAGGAGUAACUUGGCGAGUUCGACUGGCUCGGUUGCGCCCGUUUUGCUGUUCGGCCAAAAAAAAAAAAACGAGAAGACUAAACCAAUAGUUGCUUCGACUACAGCGGAACGCGUGAACAGCGGGGAACGCUCUGAACAAUGCCCCGUCCAUUAACGAACACUCACUUUUUCAGCCCUUUAUUAUUUCAGUUUUGUCGUUGCAGACAUGAGCACAUUGUCUUGGGACAGUGAAGGUGAUGGACGUCGAAGCCAGUUUCCGGCUGUGGGGGGUGCCAUUUCUUAGCUGCUCAGAAGAACGGGGCACCGCAAGAUGUCUGCGUCACACUUUCCUGAUUGUUGAUUACUCACAGGAAACGAUUUGCGACGAGAAACCGCAGGAGUAGAAAUCGUUGCGACGUGGACUGGGAACUUCACCGUUUCAAAUCCGCAUUUCCAAAUUACGUUGCGUCGCCCGUCCAAUUUUUCUGCUCGGACAGAUUUUCUGCAUGUCUAAUCAAAAAGGCUGCGAAGCGUCAUCUUUGCCACGGGCGUGAUGAUUUUUGUCGUGGGUUGGUGUCGAGAUUUCACCUCCCACGGUGUACGACGCUGCUGUGUACACACGAAGGGUUUUUUGUCCCGGUGGACUUUUGGGUCGGCGACACUGAAUUGGCCGGGCUUGCUCUUGUUCACUGCAGGGUAGAGAUGACAAAUCUGUCGACUGGGGCUGUCUUCAAAAACAACCCAACAACAACAACAACAACGGUAACACGAAGAUUAUGGCUGGACAUUGCGAUCGAAAGGAGAAAUGGUCCCAUUUUUUUUUAUAAUCGUUUACUAUAUUAUUACGGAACUUCAAAACUACAAAGAUGUGUGUCGUCGCAAAGUUCGCAGCAGGUAGAGCAACCAAUAUAUGUCAAAGUGGCGAGUUGUGCCUGUGUGUACGCGCAUGCCUAUGCGCACGUACCCGCGCAUCACGUUAAGUGCAGUUUUGCGGAUUAAACAAAAAGUUUGACAGAUGAAAAAAAUUAACGGCUCGACAACCAACAACAACAGCGGCAAGCCUGCACAGAAAAAACGAUGAUCGCUCGAAACGUUCACACGAAACCGAUACCAAACGCGCGCCGGAGCGACGCGUGCAGAGGGACGCGACGCGGGCUGGCGCCGUGACACCGACGCCUGGAAGUGUGGGGGGGGGGGGGGGGGCGCCACGCGAACCGAGACUCCGCCCCCGAGGACCACUCCCGCGGACCACUCCCGCCGCCAGCACCCAGCACGUGCUCGCACCAUCGCCGCCGCCACCGCCGCUCGCGCUCACCGAUCACUACAGAGAACUCUCGCGCUUUAUUUCGCUGAAUGGUUUUGAGAAUAAGCAGCAGCCACCACCCCCCCCACCCCACAAAGCAAAGGGCUAUGCGUAUUGACGGUUGAUCUUAUGGGUUUUUUUGUUUGUUCUUCAGUUGCAUUUCCCGUUUUUGUUGCCGAUGUUUUUUUUGUACGCUCUGUCCCGCAAGCACAUGCUUUCCGUGGAGGUGCGGUCGCCCGCAUCGGGCGCGGUGCGACCGCUCCGACUUCGGUGCAACGGACUACUUAGAAAUCCCCAAACGCAGCUACUCGAUGCGACGGCGUUGUUGUUCGUCCCUGUGGAGGGGUGGGGGGCGUGGCGGUGUCGUCCCUGCGAUGCAACGGAGGAGAGUGGAGGGACAGACGUACACCUUGGCGGCCGAAGAGGUUCAAGCGUGAGCACGGGGGGGGGGGAGACAUUUUUUUUUACAUUUUUCCCCACUGAAGAAGCCGAGCCGUGCUGCCGACUUUGGGUGCAAUGUAACUAGUGGAGACGCAAGCGGACGAUGCGACCGCGUGCAAUUAUCGCGUCGUUAGCCUCCCCCCCCCCUCCACCCCCCACCUUCACCCCGCCACCCCGCCACCCCUGGGCCUGCUUUGCCCCGAGCCAGAUGCGGAUGUCUUGUGGGGUCAUCGUUGCGACGAUUUGUUUCCGGCUUGGCGUUAACAAAAUUGGCCAGUGGGGGAAAAAUAAAAACACGUACCAUUGAGGGCCCCCCCCCCCCCUUCACCGCUGGCUCAGCUUAUUUGUGCCGGUAAAAGCGGGGGGGGGGAGUAUUACUCGUCUCCACGCCAACUCCCGGAGCUUAAUUUCUCGCCGAACUAUUUCCAUGCCGCCCGGUAGACCGGAGCGGGCAGCACGGCGACAGGGCAGCAUCCUCGGCCACGGCGAGUAACGGGAACGUCGCGUCGCUACGCUGAGGGUUCGGCUUUCCCUGGGUCGCCGCUCACGCGGACAGAACCCGGCUUGAAGUGAAGCCCUGCCCGAGAGCCGCGUGGCCCGCCACAGCCAGCCCCCCCCCCCCCCCCUCCUUGCUGCGUUCUAAGCACCGCGACCAUCACCACGAGCUCGGGAUGUGUGCAGACACCAAUAGCCAGUAUCAAAAACCACGACACUUGUGAGCCAGAGUGAAUGCAAGCGGUGUGGCCCCCACCUCCCCCCCCCCUCACCCCACAUGUUUCAUAGUCUAGAUGCACCACUGUGUCCAAUAAGCUUGCAGCCAAAUAAGAAAAGAAAAAGUAUAUUGGCACAGUAUUGAAGUAUAUAUAUAGAGAUGCGCGUAUUAUGUGGAACGAUCUAAAAUAAAAAAGCGACGCAUUGCUUCGUCACUAACGCAAAUGAAGGACACGGUAAACAUAUCCUUUUUGCGUUUAAGCAAAACAUCUUAAAAAUAAUAAUAUGACAUGGUUGAUUUGAUUACUCGAUCUCUAAAGCAGCAAACGAAUGCACACACAGACACAUCCUGUGUAUAUAUAUGUGUGUGCGUGCGCGCGCGCGCGUCGUGCCGUUACUUUUGUUUUUGUGUGUCAGCACUUAAAGCGGAACCCCCCCGCCAGGCCGUGUGCUCCUCCGCGCUUUGUGCCACAGCCGCGUCGCAGGGACGACGGCGACGCGCGUCGACAAUCGGGUCACGCCGACGAUGUUUUGGGUGCACGUGGUCGUGGCGGGCGGUGGGCUUUGCGGGAGGGUGGGAAGGGCAUUUGGGGCGAUCUGCUCUGAACGAGAGGGGGGCACGGAGCAGGUCGGCACUGCGCCUUGUCGGUGGCCCAUCGUGCGGCUUGGCCCGCCGCAUCCCUGACGACGGGUGACGAUGUUGCAAUGCAGUCCGCUGGUGGGGAUCGGUACACGGAGUCAGCAGCGCCACUGUAAGCGCGUUCCUUGUGCUCACAGAUGUCCUCGCGUGGCGAUAUUGGCGCAGUUAUGCAAAGCACACACACACUCCCUCAGCUGUAUUAGUUUUGAUUUUCAUGAUCAUCACGUUUAAGUCUAGAGGGGCGCGGCGGCGGCGGGGGGGGGGGGCAGAAGUUUCAAAAGCUGCCGUGAUAUAAAAGUUUAAAAACCCCGCUAUCGCACUUUGGCAAUAAGCCAGCUUGCGAGACGCGGCAAUCUCGCCUGUCAGUCGUCGUUGUCAUGAUCAUCAUCGUCGUCGUCGUUGUUAUUAAUCCGAGUAUCAGGCAGCCAUGGGCGAGUUGGUAUUAAAUUCUCAAGUCACCGAAUGUAAAAGGCACUUGUUGUGUCUGCGUGUUACGCCUGCGCGCGCGCUCUCUCCGCUGCUGUAUUCCGCGUAAGAAGACAGAUUUGGUCUACGACUCUACGUGUACUGAUGUAUAGUGUUGCCGACCACACGUUACCCUUAUAAUUAUUAUGAUAACAAUACGACAGCUGUGACAUUAAAAUUGAACAAUUUGCGCAAUAGCCAAUGCCAUGAUGCUCUGUAUAAAGCCGCAAACACUAAAUGUCCAUAAAAAGCAGUUACGUCAUAGGGUUUUCAAUAUUGAGAGGAAUGGUUAACUGUUUAAAAAAAUAUAUAUAUGCUAAGAAGGUGUGUACAAAAAAAGUGGGAUAUUGUAUAAAAUUACGGAAUUCUGCCUUGUUU